UACAAAAUGGCGGCCAAAAUGUAAAACGGACGAUAGGGUUUGUCUAGCAAAACCAGUGUCAUUACGACGUUCUUUAGGCCGAUAGACAAAGGAAUAUAGAACUUUGGAGACUUCUGCUGCUUAAGAGCUUCAGACAGACCAGGAUGGAAGUUGAGCCUAGUCAACCCAGCAGCACGGUGUUUGAGCCAGGUCUGUGCAAACCUGUACCGACAUCUGCCACUAGUACCAUCUCUAACAAGUCUGUCUACAGUGAGACUACUCCUACUCCUAGUCAGGACAAACAGGGGGUUGAAGAAGAAGGGGAUGUCACCGAACUGGUGGAGUUAAAAGGAACAAAGGAAUGGGUGAGAAGGCAACUUGUUGAACAUGAAGCAACUCUGCUUGCACGACAACAAGAUGGGGCUGACAACAGCACUCAAGAGGAAGUGAAUGCAAACAUUCUACACCUACAGUCCCAGCUACAUGAACAGUCAACAAAACUCAGUGUGCAGGAACUGGCGUUGGAAAGGUUACAGUGUGGAGAUGCACUCUCCAAGUUUCUCUUAGAGUCACCUGAUAUUGGUAGGUACUUGGGAGGAACGGACAAACAACGAGAGAUGAUUACUUAUCAUUUAUCAUUUGUCUUGUUUACAUUGUAA